UAUUGCUGACAAAGGAUCAAACCCACCAGCGGCAAGAAAUUCGGGGCCAGAGUUCUCGUAUCAAGACGCUGCUUGCGUAGUACAGCAGCUACCAUGGAGGCAACUUCUGCAGUUGGGAUGGCUGUGACUCGUCCAUCUUCAACAUUAUUUGGUAAAAAUGGUGGGACGUCGCAUUCUCGUGGAGUAUAUGUGGUGCGUAAGUUGGCAGAUUCAUCAAUAUUAUAAAGUCGGCCGUUCUGGGCUUUAUGCUUUAGGUGCCGGGCAUGAUUAAAAUUCUAUAGCAAGUAGUGGACUGUCGGCUGAGGCGGCUUUUCCAUUGUCGAGCACCAGAAAGAAAACAGGGAAGUUUAUCUAAUUCUACAUCUAAUGACUCAUAUUCUUCGUCCCCAUCUUACCGUAUCUAGAACAGCUUAUAAAUAUUUGAGAUGUUGAUAUGUUCCUUUUCAAUUUAUGGUACGUUUGAUGUUACAUAAAGUAACAGGGUUAUGGUGGCCUGAUGGAAGAGAUUUACGACCUUCCAACGAAGUAAAGCAGAUCUCUCUGCUUCAGACCUUUAAGAAGAUGCUGCAACUUCAAGCAAAAGGAGACCCAUGCUGCAAAUUCUAAGCAGCGCCAAUUGAGGAGUCGCCAUGGUGGAUGCAGAUGAGGUUGAGCUCAGCGGCGUGCUUCAUAUCUAUGUCCAUCUUGCCAGGAACAUUCAUAACAUCUGUAUCUACGACGACCAAGAUGUUUAUGCGAAGUUCUCAUUGACGUGUGAUCCUGAUGAGGUUCUUUCCACAAGAACUGUGCAUGGUGGUGGCAGAAAUCCAGAUUUCAACGAGGGUUUGCAGAUAAAGAUCGUUCAAUUGGAUGCUGUGCUCAAAUGCGAGAUUUGGAUGCAUAGCAGGAAUGCGAACUAUCUGGAAGACCAAUUACUAGGCUUUGUCUUGGUACCCUUGUCCUCGGUUAUAGGAAAAGGCAAGCUCACCCGAGAUUUCACACUGUCGUCCACGGACCUCUUCCAUUCCCCUGCAGGAUUUGUUCAGCUAACCCUGUUCUUUGAAAAUAGUGCACAUCCAUUUCCGCAACUGAACAGCCCUGCAGACUCAACAGAAGUGGUACUUCAUGACCCAAAGGACCAAAACCUAGACCACUGUGAGUAUGAGAAGUUUGAAUUUCCUGAUGUCAAGAUCACAACAGAGAAUCAGAGGAUGGUCUUUGAGUAUUUUGACAUGGCUAAGAAGAAUCACGCUUCUGUAUUGAAUUUCAACGCUAAUGGUUUGGUAACUAUGCCAUUUCUGCAAAUUGGUGCUUCACCUCAGACUGUUGAUGAGUAUGACAUGGCUGCAGAUUCUACUGGAAAGAUUUGUGAAUCUUCUCCUGAGCCUCCCCAAGUUGGUGCUGUGGAGACGGGGAACCAUGUCCCUGAUGCAGGACUCCUUGGUUGUAUCACCACUAGCCUUAGCCUCGAUGGCUCUAUGGAGAAGAGGAAUGAUUCUGGGGCUUCAACAGAUGUCGUCGACUCAAAGAAUGAGGAUAGCAAAAUAGAUGAUCCUGUUGCUAAAGUUGGUGCAAUCAAAUUAGGAUCAAUAUUCACAAAUCCAUUGGAAGAGAUAAAUCUGGGGCCUCAUCAAAUGGUGGUUCAACAACAAAUUGUGGAUAUGUACAUGAAGAGUAUGCAACAGUUCACGGAAUCUUUGGCAAAAAUGGAGCUCCCUACGGAUUUCAACAGACUAGGACCUGAAGGUGGUGGAGAAAUCAUCCAGAGACAGAGCAACUUGGACAAGGAAAACAAGGGGAGCUCCACAAGGGUGUUCUACGGUAGCCGGGCCUUUUUCUAAUUGACCUUUUUCUUGGUUAUGCUUCGAAAAAUUUUCAUAUUCCUCUGAUUUAUCCUCUGCGGAGAAAAUUUAAAAGAACCUGAAAAGAUGUUACCUUAACAAACUUGUAAUCCUUCGAGGUGUGCUGCAAGGAUUCCUCAUUUUAGUCUAAAGCAAUCAAUUCGGCGUCCCAAGGCUGGCGAGAUGAGUAAUGUUUGUAAUAUACAAAGUAUAUCUAUCUAUUUCUGUUGGUCAA